UCCAGUGACAACCCAUGCUUGGGUUGUUUUUGUUCUGUCGCUGCUGUCAACCAUUAGCAGAUAAAUAACGGUCUAUAGGCGGAAUAACGGCAGUAGACUUCAAUUAAAGGUGUUGUCGUUUCUAGUAAGUACUAUCAUCAGGCUUAACGUUGCACGGUUCGCGUGUUUUCCCGCAAUGUUGUCUUCGGUUCCACCGCGGAUCUUCAUGCGAAGGUCGCGCAGCCUUUCGCCGUGCCGUGUGCUCCAGACAAGCACAAAGGACGCCGCGAGGAACCACAUCAUCCUCGAUAAAGCGGACGCCAACCGGAACCCCAUCGUUUCUACCUCCCGUGUCUCCCGUAGAGGAAUUCUGAGCGAGGAGGCGAAAGGCCAGAGUGUGAGCCUGACCAUACAGUAUCACCAGCUGGCCCCCAGGUGGCUCUCUAACCUCCAGGAUCGCAGGAGCUCCUGGGCCUCUCUGGCUUCCAAGGGACGCAACAACAACAACCAGUACUGGGAACAGAGCGGGGGAAGGACCGGGGGAGAGAGCGGGAGCAGCCGCCCGUACGCACUGGCCUCUGCUGGGGUACUGUCCGCUGCAGCCAUGGCCUUCUGCCUCAAGAAGGACUCUGAUACGAAAGGUGAUGCACUUCUGGAGGCUGCAAGGACGAACAACUCGCAAGAUGUGGCAAGGUUGCUGGGUGAGGGGGUGGAGCCUAACCACCGGCACCGUCUGGGCUGGACCUCUCUCAUGGUGGCAGCUAUGAACCGCCAGCACAGGUCAGAGAGAGAGCAGUGUGUGUGUCCGGCUCUUCCUGUGUUAACCUUGUCCCAUACAGACAUAUUGCCACAGUAGAAUGCUCCUAUCACACCAGACGGCUACUAAUGCUCCCUCCCCCUGCCCUGCACCCUCUAAAUUAAAUUAGCCCCUCUGUAUCCCUGUACACACAGAGAGAGGUGGAGGGUUAAUGUGGGGUGAAUCCAAUUUGGGGAUGGUUGGCCAAUGUGCCAUGUUCCUGUGAGACAAAGGGCCCUCCUCAACAGUUACAGACACUAGUUCACUGAACCCCCCCCCCCCGUCUGAAUAUACACACACACCAGAAAGAGGCCCACAGAAAGUAUUCACACCCCUUAACUUUUUCCACAUUUUGUGUUACACCCUGAAUUUAAAAUUGAUUACAUUUAGAUUUUUUUUCUCACUUGCCGACACACAAUGUUUUAUGAAAAUGUUACAAAGUAGUUACAAAUUAAAGCUGAAAUGUCUUGAGUCAACUAGUAUUCAACCCCUUUGUUAUGGCAUAAAUAUGUUCUGGAGUUAAAAUGUGCUGAACAAGUCACAUAAGUUCCAUGGACUCACGCUGUGUGCAAUAAUGGUAUUUAACAUAAUUUUGAAUGACUACCUCUGUACCCCACACAUACAAUUAUCUGUAAGGUCUCAGUCGAGCAGGGAAUUGCGUAACUGUGGAAAUGCGUUAGCCUGUUCGGACGAAAAUAAAAAAAGGUGAAAUGAG